CACAAUACAACAGCAGCACAACACAAGCUUCCGCGGAGCGAGACAGUCUAUCACCUAGAGACUGCACAUCCACUGACCAGCAUAUUGCCUUUCAGUGCUGUUAUCAACCGUAACGAUGUAGUUAAUGACAGAAGAAUCCGCCAAGACUGUGUAUAUUACAUCGUCGUUAGCUUAGCUGUUCAUUUCAGGCAGUGGGGGAUUCCAGCAGUGGCUAACGGCUAUCAGCUCUAACAACAGAAGCAACAGAAGAUGAGCAACUAAAAGUGAUGCUUGUCCACCGCGUAUGACCAAAGAUACUGUCGAGGCUAACAGGACUGUUGGGAAUUGACGUCAAGAUGAUGAAGAAAAAGAAGUUUAAGUUCAGAGUGGAUUUUGAGCUAGACGAGCUGUCCUCGGUUCCGUUCGUGAACGGAGUUCUGUUCUGUAAAGUCCGACUGCUCGACGGCGGAUUCUCAGAGGAGUCUUCGCGGGAGACGGUCCAGGCAAACUGUGUACACUGGAGAAAACGAUUCUCCUUUCCCUGUAAAAUGAGCGCUAACGCUGGAACUGGAGUCCUUGACCCGUGUGUGUGUCGAGUUUCGGUCAGAAAGGAACUAAAAGGUGGAAAGACUUAUGCAAAGCUGGGUUUUGCUGAUCUCAACUUGGCAGAGUUUGCAGGAUCGGGUAGCACCACACGCAGGUGUCUGCUGGAGGGUUACGACACCAAAAACACUAGACAAGACAACUCCAUCCUUAAGGUGAUUAUUAGCACACAGCUGAUGUCCGGAGACCCUUGUUUCAAAACGCCUCCGUCAACCGCCACCGUAAUAGGCAUUCAGGGAGAUCCCGAGAGCCUGCUGGAAGAGAGGAAAGGAGGGGACACACAAAAACCUUUUCUGAGCCUCUCAGAGACAUCAGGGAAGUGCGGUUCUCUGCCUGAUGAGCUGGGGCUCUGCGGACACUCUCGAACGUCCAGUUAUGCUAGUCAGCAGUCCAAAGUUUCAGGUUAUAGCACGAGUCACUCGCGUUCCUCCAGUCUGUCAGAGUUCUCCCACAGGAGAAACACUUCGAUCGGCAGUGCUUCCACUGGCAUUGCCAGCAUCCCUGAGCCCAGUGAGGAGAGCGAGCAAACUACAGUGCCCCCAACUGCCCCGGGGGUCUGCGCUGCUGUGCCUGAACACCCAUCAACCCCUGACAGAGCUGCCAGCAGAUACCCAGUGAAACAGGACUCCAUGGAGUCUCAGCUGAAAAGGAUGGAUGCCACACGGGUGGAUGCAGAUGAUGUAGUAGAGAAGAUUCUGCAAAGCCAGGAUUUCACCCACAGUCUGCUGGACUCCAGCGCUGAAGAGGAAGGUCUGCGCUUGUUUGUGGGUCCUGGUGGGAGCACAGCACUUGGUAGUCACCAUCUUCCUGCCAGGGUUGGUGCUGGUGCCUACGAACAGGUGGUGAUUAAACGCUAGGGUUGAGAGAUGCCAGAAGGAAAAGUGUCAAAAACCAAAGUCUGUUUCGUGGGAGGAGAAAAGGGACGAAGAGAUUCAGACAUGUUCGUCUCCUCUCACAUUAAGAGUGUUUGUCACGAACCGGUUUCAGCCUCUCGGUAAAGCGGCGCCCUCUGCUGGCUACAUAAAGAACCGACAGCUCCUCUUUACGAGGCUGCCAUUAUUGGUGUCUGUGUUUCACUGUGAGGUAAAGUCCAUCUCCUAAUAUGUUUGCAUUGCAAAAUCAGAGAGCUUUCCCACUAUUUUACUCGCUGAUUUUUAGAAAAAAAGAAUUAUAUGACAUAUUAUUUUAGCAAGAUUUUUUAUUUUAUCAAUGUUUACAUGUUAGUGAGCCAUUUCAAAGGAUUUUAUACAUCUUUACAGUAUGUAUUAGGUGUAUACUCUGUAGACGUUGAGCUCUUUGUCCAUUUUGUCGUCAUCUCAUUACUGUACUAUUGGAAAUCAAACCGUCAUCCUCCACCCGCAGUGUCGUGAAGCAUCAAACAGAUGAAGCCGUUUUCAGACUUGAAACACGCCAUUUGGAUAGCACUUUGAAUUGAAGGACUUUACACGGGCUUUCUAUGUGUCUUUAUAGUUGUAGUUGGUUUUAAGGCUGAGCUGUUGAACUCGUACACGUUAAAUGUGUAUCUCUUCUUUACUUUUAUUGCAGAAAAUAAGCAGUUUAUUAGACUGAACUCCUACAAUCGCAUUAUAGAAGUCAUUUCAAAGUUUGAUUUAUAUACACAUCGGCUAUUUAAAAUCUGGGCAGGUGAAUUUAUGAUGUUUGCCAGCAGUCAGUGACAUCUGAUGAUGAUGACAUCCUGUAAUGCAGUCGUCUCAAACUCAAUCCCUGGAGGGCCGCAGCUCUGCAUAGUUUAGCUCCAACCAGCUCCAACUCACACAUGCUUAAUAGUCUCUAGAAGUCUUGAACACCUUGAUUAGUUGGAUAAGCUGUAUUUGAUUAGGGUUGGAGCAAAACUGCAGAGCUGUGGCCCUCCAGGAAUUGAGUUUGAGACCUAUGCUGUAAUGUAGUGUAAGCCAAGAUGAUCUAAAGCUACAAUUGGUAACAUGGCAGCACAGAACAAAGCAUUUAACCAUUACAGCAAUGCUUAAAACGUUUAGCACAAGGCUCUGGAGCUUGUCCGAUCCUCUCUAUAACACUACAAAAACGUAUUAUCCGUGUUUUUGUAGCUACUUGAUGUAUCACUAAAAUGAAGGUAUUUAAUGACUAUUUUCUGUGAGAUGAGCAAUCAGAGUAUGAUAAGUGCUUCAGCAGUUUUAUGUGACCGUAUGCCCAAAUCUUCUCAGAAGCCAUUUAAUGUUUUAUAAAUGUAAACUCACUUGCCUCUGUGAUUAUUCAGUGUGUGUGUGUGAGGAUCCAGCAAGUGUGUGUACAACUGUAAUUGUAGCACUUGAUUAUAUCAUAACUGUCUAGAGUUCUAGUGUAGAAAUGCAUGGGUGUCACACCUACUCAAUGUGUCUGAAGCAUUUUGUGUGGUCUUUGCUGUCUCCAUCUAGUUGAUCCAGGUUUAUCGAAUUUCAAACACUACCAAACGAAAAGAAAUACUGAUCAAAAGCUUUGAUUCGGUUUGGCCAUACGUCUCAGGUUUUUUUGUUUUGUUUUAUUUUUUGCAAAUACUGCACAAAUAUCAAAGCACCACACUGCGAAUGUAUGGGGAACAUGGAGACAAAGCGAUAGGGGGAAUAAUGAGAUGAGAUGUAAAAUUGUAGUCUCUGUAAAUCGCUAGUCUCUUAUAAUUAUUUUUGUUGACUAAAGAAAUUUUGGGUUCACUCAAAAACCUUUGUUUGCCCAGGAAACACAAAUUUCAGGGCUUUUGUAAUUUCUUGCAAAUGUUUUCCACCAGAAAAGCUUUACUUUGCUUGCAAAAUAUUUAAGAUUUUUUCAAUAUAUUUUUGGAUUCUUUUGCCUAUUUUUGUUCCCCGGAGGCUUAACGUUUGUUUGUCCAAGAUACUUUGCAUUCUCUUGCAGGAAAUUAGAAGACAUUUUGUUAAAUAUUUGAAAAUAAUAGAAAAGUUUCCAAGAAAAACUUUAUUUUUAUUCACAGAACAUUUCCAUUUGCAAAUCUGCGUAGAACAGGGGUGCACAAACUUUUUUGUAUGAAGGGCCAAAAACCAAAUAUCAUUGAGAGCCGUAGGUAAAUAUAACAAACUAUAUUACAUUAAAGUUCCCAUGGCUAAGUUAUUUAUUAAUAUUUCAAAAUAAAUAGAAACCCUUAGUUUAAAUGAUAUUAGAUAAUUCAGUAUAACUUUUAAAUAUUGCAAUAAAAUAUAAACAAUCACAUCUAUAACACAGUGGUGUUCAAUGCUGAAUACACUGGUCAAGCAGAAUCUGCCUUUGACUUGAUUUUCUCACCAAAGUCUAAACCAUUUAAUUCAGGGGUGCCCAAACUUUUUCUUAUGAAGGGCCAAAAAACUAAUUUGAUUGAGGGUGGUGGGCCAAAGCUAAAUAUACCAAACUGUAUUACAUUAAAGUUGCCAUGUUAACUUCCCAAUUUAAUAAUGUUUUAAAAAAUAAAUAGAAUAGAAGACUACUUUUAUUGUAUUAAUGAUGACAACAUCUUUUUUUUUUGCAUUUUAUACUGAACUAGUAAUACAAUAAAACAUUUACAACCUCAUUUAUAGCACAAUGUAGUUCGAUGCUUUUUUAUUUACAAAAACAACAAUUUUUCACUUGUCUUUAACGUGCCACACAACAGACAGUUCAAGUCAGAAUUAUUAGCCCCCCUGAAUUAUUAACCCCGUUUAUUUAUUUUUUCUCCCCAAUUUCUGUUUAACAGAGAAACUGCUUUUUUUUUUACUAGCCGAAAUAAAAAAAUAAGACUUUCUCCAGAAGAAAAAAUAUCAGACAUACUGUGAAAAUUUCCUUGCUCUGUUAUACAUAAUUUGGGAAGUAUUUAAAAAAGAAAA